GACCUUUUAAAAAGGACAGGGUUCUCAGUGACCCGGCUACGGAGCUGCCGCUCCAGCACCUGUCUGCAAUGAUGCAAACAGUGCUUUCAUGGCAUCCUGGCAAAUAAAGUAAAAUUUACUUCUUGUUUAGAAAGCAGAAGCUGAAGAACCUGGUGGAAACACACCCAAAAAUGUUGGUUUUGAAGCAUUUUUAAGGCAUCUGUAUGCCUAUGAUAGACUUGGAGGUGCUUACUGGAAAUAGGUUCCUCAUGUGAGCCUGAAUGCCAUGCCUGGACAUUGACACUUUCGGAGACAGCUGUUUAAAAUGGCAGAGAGAGGUGGAAAGGAAGAAGUAAUUAACUUGAAUAGCUUCCGCAGUCACAGAGGGAAAGACUGGAUAAACCGCAGGGAUGAAGGUCUUAUCACAAUAUCAGAUUCAUCGGAUGAAGAAUUACCUUUGUUUCAGGAAAUGCCAGCAGAACAGCAGCGUGAGGAGGAUGACGAUGAUGUAGUCAUCUUGGCAGAGACCCCAAAGCAUCAGCAGCUUCUGCGUCCUAAUGUCAUCAGACCUGCUGCUCUGUGGCAGGGUGCAAACACUGUGGGAGAAGGAGGAUCUAGAAGUGCUGUUGAGCCCUUGAGGAGCAUAUACCAGCAAGAUGAGGUCUCAACUCUGCUGUGCCAGGGAGACCAGUAUAAUCACACAGUAGAGAGCAGUGCUGGACCAAGCAAGGAUGAGAAUAUGAACUUUGCCUUGCAGCAGCCUGGACCUUCUGAGCUUAAUGGCCCCAGGUUUGAAUCUACAAGUAACCAGGAGCCUGGCCCAAGUUUGCUUCCAUCAAAAAAGACAAGUCCACCACCUGUUGUUAACAGAAAAAUCAUUAGUCUGGAGAACACAGAUCUUCCACCACAACAGGAAGAAAAGGUAGAAGCCCAGGGACAGCAAGAAGAGGAUUUGGAGCCAGAACAAAACCUUGGAGGAACACCUGCUGCAGCUACCACAGACGGGGAGAUUCACGAGAACAACCAGCUGGAUCACCCCCACUUCCAGCCGUUGGAAGGCGAGCCCCAUGCUGUGGCAAAUGGUUGUGCUCCUCAGCAAGGGCAGCCUGAAGCAGAGCCAGGAUCUUUGAGGGCAUAUGGAGAGGAGGCUCCUGGGCCAGCCUUCCCCCGUCCUGAACCACAGCAGGAUGGGAUUCCAGGGCCUGCUUCGCCCCAGCCAGCACAUCCACCAGAAGAAACGGGUCAGCAGGCAGCGAUUGACAAUGAACAGCCAGGCCCAGCAUUCCCCACACAGGGUUCUCAUGAAUUUGGCACUAGUAAUGUGCCAGAACAGGAUGCUGCUGGACAGGCCCUAGACCUCACUGCGCUGCUCAUCAGAGAGACAGAAGCAAGAUUCCCAGAUGUGAAGAAGGAAUAUAUUGAAGAGCUAAUCAGCAUCAAGGACUGCUAUGACUUAAAUGUACUUUGUAACUUUCUUCUGGAAAAUCCAGAUUACCCAAAGAAGGAAGGCAGAAUGGUUUUAAAUCCCAACAGCAGCCUGCUUGCCAGCCAAGAUGAGACAAAGGUGCCUAAAGUGGACUACUUUGACUUUUCCAAACUUGCCCCACUUGAUCAGCGAUGCUUUAUUCAGGCAGCUGACCUCCUUAUGGCAGACUUCAAAAUGCUGAGCAGCCAAGACAUUAAGUGGGCACUACAUGAACUCAAGGGACACUAUGCAAUCACACGAAAGGCCUUUUCAGAUGCUAUCAAAAAAUGGCAGGAGCUGUCUCCUGAAACCAGUGGAAAACGAAAAAGGAGGAAAGAAAUGAAUCAGUAUUCAUAUAUAGACUUCAAAUUUGAGCAAGGGGAUGUGAAAAUUGAGAAGCGCAUGUUCUUCCUGGAGAAUAAGAGACGGCACUGGAGGUCCUAUGACAAGCUCUCCCUUCUCCCACCGGUGCUACUGGAGCAGGAAUUCUAUGAGCAGAAAGUUAAAGAGAUGGCAGAGCAUGCAGACUUUCUCCUUGCUCUGCAGAUGAAUGAGGAGCAGUAUCAGAAGGAUGGUCAGAUGAUAGAGUGCCGCUGUUGUUAUGGGGAGUUUGCAUUUGAAGAGCUAACUCAGUGUGCAGAUGGUCACUUGUUUUGCAAGGAGUGCCUAAUUAAAUAUGCUCAGGAGGCAGUCUUUGGCUCUGGGAAGUCAGAGCUCAGCUGCAUGGAAGGCAGUUGCACAUGUUCAUUCCCCACCAGCGAGCUGGAGAAAGUGCUUCCAGAGAACAUCCUCUGUAAAUACUAUGAGCGGAAAGCUGAGGAGGAGGUGGCUGCUGCCUGUGCGGAUGAGCUUGUCAGGUGUCCAUUCUGUAACUUCCCAGCUCUACUGGACAAUGAUGUGAAGCGGUUCAGCUGUCCUAAUCCCCGCUGCAGAAAGGAAACAUGUCGGAAAUGCCAGGGGCUGUGGAAGGAGCACAUGAACCUCACCUGCGAGCAGCUGGCUGAGAAGGAUGACAUCAAAUACAGGACAUCCAUAGAAGAGAAAAUGACAGCUGCCCGAAUUAGAAAAUGCCACAAGUGUGGGACUGGCCUAAUUAAAUCGGAGGGUUGCAACCGCAUGUCCUGCCGUUGUGGUGCUCAGAUGUGCUACCUCUGCCGGGCUGCCAUUAACGGGUACGACCACUUCUGCCAACACCCCCGCUCGCCCGGGGCUCCCUGCCAGGACUGUGCAAAGUGCUCUCUCUGGACAGAUCCCACAGAAGAUGACGAGAAGAUAAUCCAGGAGAUUCAGAAAGAGGCUGAAGAGGAGCAAAGGAAGAAAAAUGGAGAGAACAGCUUCAAGCGGAUUGGUCCUCCUGCAGAAAAGCCCAUGGAGAAAAUCCAGAGAAUUGAAGUCAUCCCCAGACCCGUUCCUCAGAACCUCCAUCAACCCCGGAUGCCCCCUUACCCCUUCGUUCACCCUCCCUUCCCGCUCCCUCCUGUCCGUCCCAUGUACAAUAACAUCCCCCUCAACAUUGGCCCCAUCCCUGCGCCCUACGUCCCCCCGUUACCUAACAUGAGGGUGAACUAUGACUUUCCCCAGAUCAACGUCCAGCUGGAGCACAACUUGCCUAUGCACUUUGGCCCUCAGCCUCGACACCGGUUCUGACCUGGUUCAAAUGGCACUUGGUGUAGAGUCAGUGCAGGGCAAAGCCACCCCAGUAACAUCACCCCCCUUCCUCCUCCAGCUCCUCUCAGUGUAACCAGCUGGAAGGGAACCUGCUCUGAUUCAUGUGUACCUGCACCACAGCCCUCUCUAGAGCUUCUCUGAAACUUUGCAAUCAAACAUUUCAGUCUGUGUGGCAACAGGACUUGGUGCUGCAUUUUCAAGGGGUUUCUCCCUGUGUUGGGCAUCCAGAUAUUUUGAUUUGACAAAGCCUACUCAGGCAGCUGUUGAGAGGGAAAGUGAGACUUGACAGCAGAGAUACAGCCUUUCCUCGGGGACUUUCCAAAAAUCGAACUUUUCUGCUGUCCAGAGCAGCUGCUGCACAGUCAAGUGAAUCUUGGGGGAAGGGGGGAGAGAUCUGGCAUCUGAAUUAAGACCUUCAGGAACAAGAUAACAGGAGUUGGCUGCCCUGGCCUUCUGCCUGCAGAGAGGCACAAGGCUGGACUUCCCAUGUUCUCCAGCAUCCCUGUAGCCUGCUGCACCUCCCAGCAGAAAUAAAUUGUUCAAAACCAAGUCAGUCUACUGUUCAUCGCAUUUCUCGCUCUGCGAGUGAGGGGAUGCAGCAGCUGUCUUGUUGCUGAGGUCUCGGUGGGAAGCUCAGAGCCAUGUUGUGUCUCAGGGCUUUAGCAAGUAGCAGAAGACUCAGGCACCCUAAUCUUUGGCUGAACUGAACUUGUCCCCUUUGAAGGGCUCAAGUUGUUGUUUUUUUCCCCACAGAGUUGGGUGCCUUUUGGCUUCCAAAACAUGGCCUUUGCUUCGCUGUUCACAUCUGGCAUCCCAAAUCUCCCCCUGGUUCUGGCAGCAGUCUUCAAACAGCUGGUAGAAGCGCCCAGUGCCUAAGCUGUGCCCCUCAUUGCAAAAAGGGCUUGGGCGAAUACCCAGUUAGAUGCAUAGACAGUGGUGUGUGAUGUGUGCUGUGGCAGAGAAAUUAGGAACUACCCCUGUGGUCAUGCCUGCAGGUGAUGGUGACGGGGGAGCCCCCUUAGCCAAACCCCCUGCAACCCAGCGGGCCACUGAAGCUGCCUGCUGCAGGAAGCUGGCUGCUUCCACGGUGCUUCAUAACUUCUGAAAAUGUCUGUUUCAGCUCAAUUGGCUUCAGAAAAGCAUGUUAAAAGGCAAACACGAGUAUUGCUGGGCCGAGGAAGUGAGGGUUUAGGAAAAGCAAAACUUCCUUGUAAGAAGCAGAGGGUGUAGUUGCUGGGCUGCUGGAGGAGUGCUGGCACAAAGCCCUUUCCCCACAGCCCUUGGCUGUACUGUCUGUGUACAGGCCCCCUUUAGAAAAGAAAAUGGAGUGGGGAAAAAAAAACCUUCCAGAGAUGCUGGGCUAACUUUUAGGAGCCCAGUUGUUCCCUGAGUGGUUUGGUCUGGGCCACAUCCUGCUCCUUCCUGCUGGGAACCCGCUGGGUGCAUUUCCCCUCCUGUUAUUCCCCCUGGAAUUUGAGUGUCUAUGUGUCUUUUGGUUUUAUUUGUUUUUCAGGUAAAAAUCCCUGCCUCCACCUCACAGCUUUUGCCAAGCCCUUGCUUGCAGCUCCCUCUAACUGCCCCCAGCACAGCAUCUCCACGGGCCUGCAGCGCGCGCUGGGCUCUUGGUGGGGCGCUGCUGGAGAGAGGCAGCCUCCACCACGGCCCAGGACAGCGUCUGGAGACUGGGGUCCCCAGGAGGGUCUCCCAGAGGGGACAUCCGUGCUUUUUGGAGCUGAGUCAGCAAUUUCUCCCCUCCUGGGCAUUGCCUGUGGAUUGACCGUAUCCAGCUCCUCAGUGCUGUGCUCUCUAGCAUUAAUAACCAAGUGGUAUUCCCUUGCUGCUACCAUUUGCUUUUUUAAUUUUCAUUUAUUUCUGGAAGUAGCGUGGGGGCUGCAGGAGCUUAUCGCUUGCUACCUGGCUGGGUUUGAGCCGGGUUUAAAUCCUGCCUUGCUCCAGGUUAUUCCUGCAGUAGCCAGGAGCAGUGUCCCAAUGAGUCUGGGAAGGGCUGUGUUCACAGCGUCGGCGGGGGGGCAAGGAAACGGGCCCUGGUCAGCAGAAGCACGUGUGGCUGCUGCUUACAGAAAGAGAAUCCUGGGGUUUUCAUAGACAAGAUCUUGUGGGCUCAAGGGCAGCCUUGGAUGAGCCCUCCAGGCUCUCUAAAGCACGUGCCUUUCUCCGUCAGGGUGGUCGUGGUUGUCCCCCAGCACCUGCCUGUGUGAAGGGGGGGUCGGGCAGCCGGGGCAUAGCUCAGCUGCUGAGCUGGUGCCUCAAACUAUGAAGGAGACACGGUGUGUCGCACAGCGCUACGUGCCUGGGAGCUCUAAUCCCAGCUUUUGGUGCGUGUCUGGAGACGUGCAGGUGCUGAGAACUGAGCUGUGGCAGAGGGAAGUGAGGAGGGGGAUGGAGAAGCGCCGGGCAGAGCUGGCGAGGGGAGGUUGGUGUCUAUGGUCUGUCGUGUUGGGGGUGUGAGUGUCUUCUGCUGCCGUGGUGCAGCGGUCACGGUCCGGGAGGAGCCCGGUAGAGGCAGAGGGAGAGGGGACCGCUGUCUGCAUGUCCUCUGUGAAGCCAUGGGCUUAUUUGUGUCUGAGAGAAAUCGGUGCUUGUGCUGUGGUGGGGAGGAGGUCUGUGAUGGGCUGAGCUCCUUCCUCCACCGAGCCGUGGGGCGAUGCUGAGCUCCCAGCGCUGCUGCUCUCCCUGAAGAAACACCCAUUUCACCAAAAAUUACUCCACAGCCAAGCCUGUAGCUGCUCCUCCCCUCUAACCCAAGAGACCUCGAGUUGUGGUUGCUGAUAGUGUUUGCAUCUGCAUUCAUAUAUUUUAACUGUGUUGAUUUAUUUAAAAAAAAAA